AUGACAGUGGCUUCCAUUGGAGUGCUGUGCAACUCAAUUCUCAUUAUCGUCAUCGUAGUCGACCCUUUGAAGAUUUUGCGGCGAGGAGCAUGGAUCACGAUUCUAAAUCUUGCCCUCGCUGAUUUUAUCGCCUGUGCAGGCCUAUUUUUUGAAUUGCUCUUCUACCAAAUAGAGGACGCCGAGACUCUAUUCCUCGUUAUAAACAAAGUCAUUUUUUUUCGGAUGUUUGGUCAGAGUGCAUCAUUUCUGCUGCUAACACUCCUGACAGUUGAAAUAUACCUGAUCAUAAAAUAUCCCAUGAAAAGUCGCGUGAUGUUAACAGACAAAAAAGCCGUCCUGUCCUGCGCGUUUGUGUGGCUUUUGGCCAUUGGCUUAGGUCUGUGUGAGAUCUCGUACGUUUGGACCGACCUAUUCUUAUAUUUUUAUAUCGGCAACAUAGCCGUUUUGGAACUGACAGUUGCAAUUCAGGUCGUGUUAAAAAUCUUCAUCGCCGUCGAGAUCUUAAGCAGUCGACAUAGCAUACUGAACGUCGAAACACUGAAUGAAAAACAACAAGAUGUCGCCAAAACUGUUAUGAUUCUCAAUGCAAUACUGAUCGUGACAGCGUUUCCGUAUUUCCUGGCCAAACAAAUGGAAUAUGUUGAGCGACUUGGUGGACGUGAUUCCAAUAGCCGUUCAUUGCGCCAAAAGUUUGCCUAUUAUUACGAGCCUGUCGCUCUUCUAAAUUUUGUCUUAAAUGCAAUCUUGUAUUCUCUACGUCUGCAAGAUUAUCGCCGCAGUUUGCUCGUUCUUUUUAAAUGCAAAUGCAAGAGGCAUCGCCGUAGCAACAGCACAUCGCAGCAAAGGUUUAUCACCGCGGAAAAAACAGAAAUGAGUCAAACGACAAAACUGUGA